UGAGCUUCUUCACACUAGUAUUUUGGUGCUAAAUAUAUUAGUCACUAAUUCAAUUGAUAGAAUCUUAAUAUUAUUGUCGAGUAGUGCUAUGAAGAUGAUAUAAGCAUUCUUUCUUCAACUAUCUUAUCUUCACAUCCAAACAGAAAACAUGAUUCGGACCUCCGAUCUCAUCAUCGAACGGACCCCGCCAUUACCGCAAACGAACGAUAAUGAGACGGUGAAAGAUGGGAAAGAAAUGGAUUAUUCUCAAGAAUCCACUUCAAUUAAUUACACCAUUGAAGAAGAAAAGAAAAAGAGAUUCUCUAUGAUUAAGGAGAAUAGGAUCAUGAAGUUUUGUUGGAGUGUGGUUACUUAUACGCCGAAGAGAUGUCGAUAUGAUGUAGAUGACCCGCCAAAAUUCAGUUUGUGGAUGAAUUUGCUUUUUGCUUUUGCGUGUACUUUCACGGUGGCAAAUCUUUAUUAUAGUCACCCUAUCCUCAAUAUCCUAGCGGCCGAAUUCAAUGUCACCAAUGAACGUGUAUCAAUUAUUCCUACGGUAAUGCAAGCAGGCUAUGCAUCUGGACUGUUGCUUCUAUGUCCUCUGGGAGACAUCUUCAAGAGACGUGCAUUUGUACUAUCAUUGGUAUUUUUUACUGCGACUCUGUGGCUUGGUUUAUGCAUCACCAACUCGUUUCCCGUGUUUGUUGGAAUAUCUUUCAUCACAGCACUUACUACGGUUACUCCACAACUUAUGCUUCCUUUAGUAGGGGAUCUAGCACCGCCAAAUCGUAGAGCAACUUGUUUGGCUAUUGUUUCUUCUGGUCUACUACUUGGUUUGCUGAUCGCUCGUUUACUUUCGGGUAUUCUGACACAAUAUACUACUUGGCGAACCAUCUAUUGGUUUUCCUUCGGCGUCCAAUAUCUCAUCUUCAUCCUUCUCUUUCUUUUUAUGCCAGAUUACCCAAGCACCAACCCCGGAUCUUUCAACUAUUUCUCCCACCUACUAAGUAUCCUCCGCUUACUCUUCAAACACCCCCUCCUAGUCCAAGCAUCUCUCAUCGGCUUCUGCACCUCUACAAUCUUCACCUCUUACUGGACAACCCUCACAUUCCUCCUCUCCUCCCCUCCCUACUCCUUCUCCCCCGUUCCCAUUGGUCUCUUCGCCCUCAUCGGCAUCGCCACCUUCAUCCUCGGCCCCAUCUACUCCCGUCUCAUCAUCGAUAAAUUCAUCCCCCUCUUCAGCGUCAUCCUCGGUCUCCUCUACUGUCUCAUCGGCGUCGUCAUCGGUACUUAUAUUGGCGAAUUCACCCUCGCGGGUCCGAUUCUCCAAGCCAUCUUCAUGGAUCUCGGGAUCCAGACAGCGCAGAUUGCAAAUCGGAGCGCCAUUUAUGAGAUUGAUCCAAAGGCGAGGAAUAGAGUUAAUACGGCGUAUAUGGUGAUGGUUUUUUUGGGGCAGUUUGACUGGGACGGCGGUGGGGAAUCGCUUGUAUGCGAGAGGAGGCUGGGUGGUGAGUGGGAGUGCGGGGGUGGGGUUUGUGGGGGUGGGACUGGGAGUUUGGGGCCGUGGGAGAAGGGGUGGGUGGGGUGGAGAGGGGGGUGGGGGGUUCGGAGGAGGGAUUUGGGGAUUGAGGGAGAGGAGAAGAGAGGGGAGGAGUGGGGAGGAGUGAAGGGGAAUGCUGAUGAGGGGGUUUUGGAGAUGGGGAUUGGUGAAUGGAAUGGAGAAGUUGGUGUUGUGUCCUCUCGGGUGAGUUCUGUACGGGAAUCGAAAGUUGGGAGUUUGAGAGUUUGA